UUAAACCCCAACUGAGAUGUGCUCAAACGCUAAUUGAACGUUCGUGGGUGGACGAUUAACUUUCUCUCGUUAUAUUGUAUUGGAAGAAACAGGGUUUACUUCCAUCGAUAAAGUAGAAAUCAUCUUUUAUAAUCUUGUCCAAGGCGUUGCAUGAUUGGUUGACUAGAGGUUACUUUGAACUGCACGAAAACUGUGGGCGCACAAGUUUUCAGUUGGAAGUUGGUGAAGUCAGUUGGUUUGUUGCGUGUUAAACUCGCCGGUACGAACAGCCUGUGUCAAGGUUUCGAGCUGUAAUCAAACAUUGUUUUGUGUAGGUUUGUAUCUUUUUUUUGACUCGUAACGAAGUUAUUCUUUGUAAUAAUCUGUUGUUGAAAGGUGACUAAACUAAACCCUCCUAGUUCCAAGUAAAUUUCAUUCGAAUUUCUUGUAAAUUACACUGUUGCGUGGACCGUUUCUCCAAACUGAUUAAAACGUUCUUGUAACCGGUUCUGACUAAAAGUCGUAAAACUAAUUAGAUUCCAUAUAUUGAGCUGGCAUUUUUUAAUUAAAAGCUUAUUUUGCAUUGGUUGUCGUCCUGUUGUCUUGCCAUGUCGCCGCUGGCAAAUCUACGUAAACAAAACACACUUGUCUCAAAAUUAUUUACGAAAUAUCUCAGAUGUAUCUCGCUGAUCUAAAUAACGUAAAAAUGCACAUGUGAUCUGCAUAAGAUUGUCAAUUACAGAUACUUUCUGUGUUGUUUUUUCGUUAGAAACAAUUGACAUGUUUACAGAGAGAGUAAUCAGGGGUGUUGAAAACUUGUGUCAAGGAGGAUCCUGAUUUGCAAAAGCGUACGUACCUUAACUUGGAAGAGUUAGUAAUCAUGGGAGAAGAAACCACAGUCGACGGAAGUUUACAUCAAAGGUUCGAAAAUGAAGGCGAUGCAGAAAGCCCUACAUGCGGAUUAGUUUCCUGGAGACCAAGCUUUCUUCAGCGUUUUGCCAAGGCUAAAUGGUUUCUGCUUUUCCAAUGUUGGUUUGUCCUAGCGCAAGGGAUGAUCGUGUCGGGGUUUCAAGGAGUUGUGAUUUCCUCCCUGGAAAGACGUUUUUCGUUAAAGACGAAGGAAAUUGGAGUUAUUGUCAGUUGUUACGACAUUUCUGCUGCAAUGAUGGCCAUUCUAGUAAGCUACUACGGCCAUCACCACAAACCAAAGUGGCUCGGCACUGGAGCUUUCAUUCUAGGAAUAGGAUGCUUUUUAUUUGCCCUUCCACAUGUUCUCGUUGGCCGAUACGAGCCAGGUUCUAGUGCAACAAACCUUUGUUCCAUGGAUAGCCUUCCGUCAAAUUUGAUAUGCAGAAGCUCUGUCUGGUAUCACAUAUUUGUCUUUGUGCUGGCGGAGUUUUUAAUCGGGAUCGGAGCAACCCCUGUGUAUAUUUUGGGGACUGCAUUCAUCGAUGAAAAUGUCCGCCGCACCACGUCGGGAUUGUUUCUUGGAAUUAUGUACGCUGUGGCAACAUUUGGUCCUGCUGUUGGUUUCCUGCUUGGAGGAGAAUUUCUCAGGAUAUAUGUCGAUAUAGAGCAGCCAGAGGGUGUAAGUCUUACCCCAGAGGAUUCAAACUUUAUUGGUGCAUGGUGGCUGGGGUACAUACUAGGUGGCUCACUGUCCAUUAUGGUCAGUCUUCCUUUGCUUGCAUUUCCAAAAGAGCUUCCAGGAACACCAGAAAUCCGAGCUGAAAAACAGAGAUAUUCGGACACUGUGGAGGAUGGCAACAUGCCACAUACAUUGAAGCAGUUAAUACCUUCGCUGAAGACACUUCUUACAAACAAGCCUUUUGUAUUUCUUUCUCUUGCCUCAGCAUUUGAGGGUUUUGCUGUGGGAGGUUUCUCUACAUUUUUACCAAAAUUUGUUGAGGCACAGUUUCGUAUCCCAGCUGGCCUGGCAAGCACAUACACUGGCCUAGUCGUGGUUCCAGGAGGGUGUGGAGGCAUGCUAUUUGGGGGUUAUCUCAUAAAGAGAAUGAAAUGGACUUGUGACAAGACCAUCAGAGCUUGUUUUAUUAUUGCCUGCUUAGCAACACUGUGGGCUGCAGGCAUGUUCUUUGGCUGUCCUAACAGAAUAUUUGUUGGUGUAACAGAUCCCUACAUAAACAGUCCUAGGUCAUCACUUGUCAACAUUACUUCUUCCUGUAAUGCAGCAUGUAACUGUGACGUAAAGUACUUUUCACCUGUUUGCUCCAAACAAGAUCAGUUAACAUUUUACUCUCCUUGUUACGCUGGCUGCAUGGCAGAUGACAGAUUAGGCAACAAAGGAUAUCAAAACUGUAGUUGUUUUGUGACACAAUCAAAUGAGGGAAUUGAAGGCAGUGGAUGUGAGCCGGAAUGCAAUAAUCUUUUUCCUUUCCUUUUCUGCCUCUUUGGUCUCAUGGUCUUCACAUUUUCAAACAACAUUCCAGCAACUACAGCAACUCUCAGAUGUGUUCCAGAGAGCCAAGGAUCAUUUGCUCUGGGCAUCAACCAGCUCAUUGUUCGUAUUUUGGCCUUCAUUCCUGCACCAAUUGUCUUUGGAUACGUGAUUGACGCAGCCUGUAGACUACAUCAAAAGGACCCUUGUGAUGCUGGGGCGGAGAGGAACUGCUUGGAAUAUGACACUGAUAUGUUCAGGUAUCUGAUGCUAGCUGUUGGUGGUGGUUUCAAGUUUCUAUCUGCCAUGGCUUUCUACUUUGCGUGGAGGUUUUAUGAGCUGCCAUCUCAGAGCGAGUCAGAUGAGGAUUUGAACCAAGAGUCUGCUUCAUCACAGACAAUACUUGUGGAUGGAAAUGCCAAAAAAAUGCCAGAAACAGAGUUGAUUCCUGUUGCACAGUUCAUUACCGUUUCAGAUUCUGGUGAAGAACAGUCACCUCCUAUCAAGGAAAUUCCAAGAACAACCAAUGUAUAGGUACAAAACACAAGCACCUCACUCAAAUUGGCACAAAAAAAACUAUAAUUAUGUUCUAUUUAACAAUUAUUCCAUGAGCGCAGGUUGGAUAUGAGAUGAUAGAUAGCCAACGAGACACCUAGCGCCAAGUUGGCUAUAAUCAUCUCGUACCCAACAAAUGCGAGUGGAAUAACUUUUUUAUUAAAAAAAACGCCCCCAUGAUAUUAGACAAAUCUUCUCGACUUUAUUUUGUAAGAAAAAACCGGA